UUGUAUGCGUCAAGCUUGGUUGUUUCUGUGCAACAUUUAUAAUAAUAUAUUACCAUAAAAUAGGCCAUUCACCAGCGUAGGACACCCCACCACGUAUCACUUGACUUGAAAUAUAUUUAAUGAGAGGACACUAGUGUUUCCGUGGACUGUACAGGAUCUUGUUUAGGUGACGCAUAUGUCACAGUCAGCGCAGCCCGGCGCGAUGCCCUCGGCCCCGGAUUCCCCGUCUCUGAGCGUCACCGUGAGCGGGAAUGUGCAGAAAUACAACAUCAAGAAGAAAAAGGUCCUAAACGCGGAGGAGACUGAGCUGUUCGAGCUCACUCAGGCUGCUGGGGUAGUCAUUGAUCAAGAGGUUUUCAAGAUCAUAGUGGACCUGUUAAAGAUGAACGUUGCACCUCUGGCAGUCUUUCAGACCCUAAAGACCAUGUGUGCGGGACAGAAGGUCUCUGAAACAUCCACCAGUGACACAUCCACAGCAUCCCACACUGCCACUGCACCUUCUGAGUCUAGAGAAGAGGAGGGUGUGGUCUCAGGAAAGAGUGCUAAAACUGCAGCCCCUCCCUCUGCAUCUGUGCCCCGCCCACCUAGGGGAGGGGCUAAGAUAGUGGUCUACAGUGCGGGUGACACGAGUGCUCCCGUCUCUCAAGUACGCAGUAAAACAAGUUCAGGUCAAGGGGAGAAAUCUGCAAGAGAUGGUUCUAGCCAGCGCGUGCCACGGCAGGUCAGCGCCACCAGGGGGCAGAAGAGCGCCAAGAGCUCAGGCAGCAGCAGCUCGUCUUCUCAGCUCACUUCCAACUGAAGUUCUACACCAAUUAAACAACACAUACCAAACUUGCUCGAACUAAACUCUUGUAGAAUCGGAAGAAACUCUUUCACUGUUAACAAAACUAGUUUAGGGAUCUCCCUAGAUAUCGUCAGUGUUUCACUUGAAGACCUCUUUGCAUCAAGUUUGCAUCUUGCCCAGAGAGACUAUAGCUGAAGUAUGCCAUAUUUACCACGGGUUUAGUUUACACAUUCACACCCAAACCAUUUGAGAAAAACACAGAUAAUCUUUUGCUUUCUUUAAACCAUCCGCUUUUACAAUUCGACAACUUCAGGCUGCUGUGAACCACAUCUGUUUUAAACUGUUUAUGUGUAAGACAUUCAAAAUAGUCUUGAUAAACGUUGACGUCUAGAUGGAUAUCAUUGUCUAUUAUAAUUUGUGAAAUGUUCUUUUAUAUAUAUCUAUGUAUGUAUGUAUGUAUGUAUUUCUUUUUGUUUCCUUUUGUCCUUUUUUCAAGUGUAUCUCCAAUUUUAAGUAAAAUGUAAUGAAAAUUCUCAGUUAAUGUUACUGGUUUGAUUUCUAGAUUAGAGCUAAAAUAUAAGCAUUAAAUUAUGCGGUUACUUUGACUAUGA